AUGCAAAAAGAGGAAAUAGAUAGGGCACUAAAAUAUUUCUGUUUCAAGUAUACAUAUUACAACGUAUUUGCUUUGAUAUUUUCAUUAUUUCAAUAUGAUUUACUCCCAUUUGCUCUACCAAUUGGAUUACUGAUUAUUCAAGAAGUUAUUUGUUGGAUUUGCUUUUCUAAAAGAAAUCUCAUAUUGUCACUGCAACAUAUGCUUCAAGUUUUGGCAGCCAUUUUUAUAAUAAUUCUCUAUUAUAUCGAUUUGUAUUACUAUAUUUUUGUAAACUUGUUUGUUGUUUUCACAACAUUCCUUGGAAUCAAAUGGAGUUGCCAAUAAGAUAAUUAGCAUGAAUAUUCGACUAUCUUUAGAUAUCUCCAAGGGUUUUAUAGUAUUUCAGUAUUGAUUGCUUCAUUAUGUGUGACAAUUAAACUCAAUCAAUUAGUCAAUUGGACUUGGUCCUAAACCUUUUGGUGGUAUUGGAUGUAUUUAAGUGCUCUAAUAGGCAGUGCCUUUACACUAUUAAUGAUCCUAAUUACUAAAUUAAUUAAUUAAUUCUACUACCAUAGAAUAUCUCUCCACUCGAAUGAAUAUAAAACCUUGGUUUGGUCUUUUUAUCUUUUUUCAAUGACCAGCGUCUUAUCUGGUAUAUGGAUAAUAAAUACUUUCAAUCUAGUGGGAAUGAAUCUAAAAUUGGAUAUUGGAAUCAUUGUAUUUGGUAUACUUAUUGGAUUCAAUUUGGUUGUGUUUGCAGGAACUCUUUUUAUUUUGAAAGACAUUUCCAUAUUCUUAACUACCUUCCUGAACGCUGAUUACCCACAAAGAGAAUUACCAUGUAGUCCCAGAAUGGAUGAAAUUAGAGUCAAACAAGAUUUGAAAUCUCCAAUAUUAUUGAAAAAAUUGUCAUCUUCAUAUUUUCGUUUAGUAACUUCAUAAGAAUUCUUAAUGUAUGCUAAUACUAAUAAAGAAGAACUAUUUACUGAAAGAGCCAAUAAUCUGUCAUAAAAUAUAAUUAGAGAUGUUAAUUAGGAAAUUAAAAGAAUCAAAAAGUCAAAGUAAAAAACAGACAUAGUUCUUGAAACUCAGAAAACGUAAGCUGCUAGUAUUUAAUGCAUUAUUUGUUGUGAAAAACAAGCCAAUGCAGUAUUGAUGAAAUGUGGUCAUGGUGGUAUAUGUUACGAAUGCGCGUUUGAAAGUGCAUAAAAAAGCAGGGAGUGUUUUCUUUGUAGAUAAAGAGUCAUAGAAAUAUAUGAAAUUGAUUAAAAUGAAUAAGGCAAUUAUCUUAGAGUCUAUAGUAAAACUAGAAUUAUUUGA